CAGCCCCGCCCAUUUCCUCUGGGAAAAAAAAGUACUCAGCUAUUUUUUUUUAGCUGACAUCUUCGUAUUUUUAGCUGUUAGCCACUGCUACUUGGUAACUUUCCAACACCUCUCUUGUGUAUAAGUAUAAACACGAAUUUCACCAAGUCUUCGCUGUGAACAAGAGCAGUUACGCGGUCUUUGAAAAGUUACUAUGGAAGAAGUACACCAAGGCAGCAAUGGCACUGAUUCACAGACUGCCAUUAUUCCCACAUCCAUCACAACCUCUCAGUUCUCACAGAUAGCCCAACAGAUGUCGCUAGCUGGUUCUUCAGUGGCUCUUGUACAGAUGCCAGGGGGUCAGUUUCAGGUCCAAGGAGUGAUCCAGUCUGCACAAUCUUCGGUCAUUCAGUCCCCUCAGGGUCAGACUGCGCAGGUCAGGGACUCAGAUAGUGAAGAUUCACAGGACUCAUCAGACAGUGGAGAAGUCACUGCCCAAAAGACCCGAGAAAUUCUAGCAAGGCGGCCUUCUUACAGAAAAAUUCUGAAUGAACUUUCUUCAGAAGAAGUGACGCACAUUGAAGUGAAGGAUAACAGCCCGGCAUCCACAGGUGUUACAGUACCCACCACCCCAAUCUACCAGACCAGCAGCGGCCAGUACAUUACCAUAUCAGCUAAUGGUACAAUCCAGUUGGCGACUCCAGGGUCUGAAGGCAUUCAGGGACUACAGACUGUUGCCAUGGCAAACUCAGGUGGAGCCCAGCAGGGUACUACCAUCCUUCAGUAUGCCCAGACACCUGACGGCCAGCAAAUACUAGUGCCUAGCAACCAAGUUGUGGUACAAGGAGCAGGAGGUGAGAUGCAAGCAUACCAGAUCCGAACAGCCCCAACCAGCUCGCUGCCUCAGACUGUAGUUAUGACCUCUCCUGUGGGCAAAUCUGAUGAUCCAACAAUGAAGAGGGAAAUCAGGCUUGCAAAAAACAGAGAGGCAGCUCGUGAAUGUCGACGGAAGAAAAAAGAAUAUGUUAAAUGCCUGGAAAACCGUGUCGCUGUUCUCGAAAACCAAAACAAGACCCUUAUUGAAGAACUCAAAACAUUAAAGGACCUUUAUUGUGUUAAAACAGGAUAAGUCUUUGAAUAGAGGUUGAGGAUCGAUACAGAAUGUGGGAGCGUCACAGCUCAGCCAUUGGGACAUGAACAGGGUUUCUGGGAACACUUCCAUUUCAGGCUGAGAUCCUACUCUUUUUUUUUACUGUUUGAUAUAAAAGUGACCAGUGACGGCAAUACGAUAUACUCAGCAAACAAAAAUUAAAUCGGCCACUUUUCCACCUGCUUUUUUUAAAUCGCUAAUGCUAUAACAUUUAUAGUUGUGUACAUUUUUAAUACUGGGAGGUUUGAAAUUGUGAGAUUUAACUUUGAGUCUCAGUUUCUAAAUGUGUCCCUUUCCUCUUUUUUUCUUGUGUUCUUAAAAAUGUUACCGUUUAUUUUUUUUUAUCUUCCAACAGCAUCUGCAGGAUUUUGAAUAUUAAAUUACCAAGCAGACAUAAUCCCUCCUUAUUUUGUGAACCAGCAUUUCCCAUCAUUUUCCUUCAAAGGAAAUGUUACAACUGUCAUUCCUUAUUUUUGUGCAAUGAAAUAUAAAGGGUAAGAGAAAGCCACACAUUGAGUGUGCUUUGUUUGGUUGUUUCUUGGCAGUUACUUAGACAAUCAGGGAAAAAAAAGAAGCACAGUGUCCAGGUAAUAUUUAUUGUGUACAUCUUGGGAGGGUUGGGAAAGAAGAACAAUGUAUGAAAUGUUGCUGAUUCUGUAAGUAAAUAAAUAUAUUUUCACUCAA